ACAUAAGUUACAUGGAUUUCGUACAUUUAAAGCUUAAUUUGCGACAUAUGGCAUGGCAUUGCCAUUGAUUUACCAUUCAUUGAAACUCUGCUUAUGAUAUUAAAACCGGUGUCAAAAGUUUGAGUUUUAUUUCAAUUAAGCAAGUCUGUGUAACGAAAAUGUAUAAUUAGCAAGAUCUAGUUGUCUUAAAACAUAAAUUCCUAAUUUGGGAUUCUUGCACCAUGGCGAAGGAAAAAAUGAAGCCACAUGGUCCGACAAACAAAGACUGUCAGAGUAGUGGAAUAAGCGUUAUGAAAACACAACUUAGUGGGCGGAGCGAUCGCGUAUUUGGCAACUGGCUGGUUUUGGUUGCAUUGGAAAGCAUGGCAGGUACCGGACACAAGCUGGUUCGCAUUCGACCUAAACAAGAUGGCAAGCUGCAGUGUCUUCACAAGGAUCCUUUAGUGCAAGAAACUGUACUCUAUAAAGAGUUCAAGAAAUUGAAAACAUUAAAGUGAUAUUUAUUAAAUAUAUAUGUCAUGAUUUGAGAUGCCAAUUGUUUACCCAAAUCAAAGUGGAGAAUGCAGUCUUGUUCUAGAAACAGCAUGCAAGCCUGAUUAAUUGAAGAGAGGACGAUUGUGUUUACAUUUGAAAAUAAGGACUUUAUAUGUGUGAAUAACAGUUAAUGUUUAUUAAAUGUUUACUGUACAUUGACAUGCUUAGAUAAAAAAUAGAAUUUGCACUUUGUAUGUAGACAAAACUUUUGAUUACUGCAAAUGAAAUUUCUGCUAUUUGUUUAUAUAUUUCAUUUUUAAAACUGACUAAAAAUAACAAUUGAAAAUAGAAUAUAAGUAAAACAAUAUAUGUUAAACACUGAA